AUGAUGGAUUCCGGAUUAUUAGAUAUUGAUUCUGGAUCAUUAGACAACUCCUAUUCUGCUGAACAAGUAGCUUAUUUGGAAGAGAAAAAACAAAAUGUUUUCGGCUCAAAGAGAUAUUCCAGAAUCAAAAGUUUGGACGUUCAAUCAUCAUCAGGACCUUUUACAAAUCCAUUCAUGCAACCACAGCAAUUUAAUAAUUUCCAGCAACAAAAUCCAAACCAACAAUCCCACUUGCAGCCUGGUUCUCAGCAACCAUUCUUUUAUUCACAGCAAAAUCAAUCUUUUGAUUUGUUUGCCCCAACAAAACAAACAAAUAAUUAUCAGAAUCUAAGUUCAUUCGAAUUUGAGGAUUAUAGCCAAUGUUCUGCUUCUCCACAGCAACCAAUUCAGUUUAAUCAGAAAGAGAACGUUGACUCAAACAAAGUUCAAGGUCGCUACUUUAAGAAUGGUGGAAAUUAUGGAGAUAGCUUAAUAGACCUUGAUUUUAUUGCUAACAAUGCUCAAGUGCAUCAAUAUGAUAUGCUUAUUCGUGUUUGA